ACCAGUGUUUACCUUGACGCAGCGCGGAUAGUCCGUCAGUCGGCAUGACAACGAGCUCUCGAGGGCAAACGAAGAACAGCUGACGAGGAUGCGCGCGAGGAUGUCAGCAGAAGAUGCCCAGUAACGGAAAUAGCGGAAGCGUCGGGACCCGCUCCGGUAACGGGAGUGGGAGCGGCUCGGUCCAUGUCCCAGCCAUGGAGAGAGCCCGGCCGGCCACGGUGAAGGUGUCCGCGGUGAGCCUCGCGCUCAGCUCGCUGUCCUUACUGCUGCUGGUCACCGCCAUCUUCACCGACCACUGGUAUGAGACCGACACCCGCAGACACAAACAGAACUGCGACGUUUCCGACUCCAACGACCAGAAGAACCGCGAGAUGCCCAUCUACCACCUGCCGCUGGUGGACACCGGCAGCGGCGGAGCCCGGCAGCGGGAUGUGGCGCUGAUGAAGCCCGUGCAUGUGGGCAGCAGAGAGGAGGAGCUGCUGGAGAACUGGCGGGCCAUCCUGGGGAUGGGCAUCCUGGAGACGGAGUGCGGCAGGCCGCUGUUCCCCAAACACUUCGGCCUGUGGAGGGAGUGCUUCUUCAAAGACCUGGACCCGGACAUCGACAGGCUCAUCGACCGGGGUAUUGCACAGCGCUGCAAAGCUGUCAAGUAUCACUUCUCUCAGCCCGUCAGACUCAGGAACAUCCCUCUGAACCUGACCAGAACCAUCCAACAGGACGAGUGGCACCUGCUGCACCUGCGGCGCAUCACAGCAGGGUUCCUGGGCAUGGCAGCGGCGGUCCUGCUGUGCGGCAGCAUUGUGGCCUCUGUGGGGUUCUUCUGGGAGGAGAGUCUGACGCAGCACGUCUCUGGCCUGUUGUUCCUCAUGGCAGGUGACUCACCUGCUUUGUGUCUCUUCUUUGUGUCUGUGUGUGAUUCUGUGGUUCUGAUCCGGUCUGUGGUUCUUCUGUCUCCAGGGAUCUUCUGCACCAUCUCCUUGUGCACCUACGCAGCCAGCAUGACCUACGACUUCUCCAGGAAGCCCCCCUUCAUCUACGGUCUUCCGUCUGAUGUGGACCAUGGCUACGGGUGGUCCAUCUGCUGUGCCUGGGUCAGUCUGGGUCUCACGGUGGCCGCCGGCUGUCUCGGAACCACCUUCCCCUUCCUGAGUCGGGCGGGAGCUUUGAGAUCCAAGAUGGCUCGCGAGUCCUCCGUCUGAGAUUCUAGGAGGUUCAGGAGAACCUGAACGUCGUUUCGACCCAGUUGGGCUGGUUCCUGGUUCCACCAGAAGCACGGCGCGCCCUGCUGGAGGACGCCAUUAAUUCUGUACACAAAGGACAAGUGGGACAAGGUCUUUGAGUCCAGGUGUCUGUCCACGUUUCAGAUUCAGACCUCCUGCAGAGACAGUCAGGUGUGCUGUUGGAUAAAGUGACAUCACAGCUGGGCGUGGCCACAGGUGACGUCAUUCCUAUUAAAGGUUCUUUUUAAUAAACAACCAAGAAGUCGUUAUCAGAACUGGACCCAGAACUCUGAGAGGAUUCAGUUGUUUAAUUGUUACGACAUUCUGGUUUUAGACCAGGUUCAUGAAGAAAUGAUGAAACCCUUGUUCAACCCGAGUCUCUGGUUUCCUGUAGACCAUCGAUGGUUCUGGAUCCAGACGGGAUCACGUCCUUGGCCCAGCAUUGUGUGGAAGGACCCGGCAGGACUAGGUGAGUCCAGGUUAGGUCAGCUUCAUUCGGGUCACCUGACUGAAGUAGCUGACCUAACCUGGACUCACCUGACAGCCUAACAAAUAGUCUAGAAGCUUUCAGAACCAACCUGUGGUUCUGCUCCUGGUCCAGAUCUGGUACAGCGUGAUUAAUAAACCUGCUGUGACCAAUCUUAAGUUCAACCAAUCAGAACUCAUUGAUCAGAUGUCUGACUACGCCUCCUGAUCCACAACAGCCAAUGGACCGGCUCCGGGAUGGAGACUGGGUCAUGGUCUGGUUCUGGUUCCAGACCUGAACCUGCUUUACAGUGUUUUAUUUGGUGUGUCCGUUCUCAGCAGCAUGAAGACAAUUGUGAUUUAAACUCUGAGGAUCCUUCUGAACAGAACCAUUCUGGGUCGUUGGGUCUCGACUUUCUGAAAUGUUCUUAAAGAUGGUUCGGCACACACGAGACCCGGAGUCCGUCUUCAGUGGAACCAGAGCUUUGGGGAACCCCACCUUUGAGCAGAUACACACCUGUCAGAACUGGUCUAGAAAACCAGCCGCAGGUUUGGAUCGCAGCUGGAACACAGAUCUAAUGGAUCACCCAGAACCACCAACUGGAUCUUGCUGCUGAUCGGGAAUGUGAGCCUUGGUUCACACAGGAAGUGCAGGUGUGGUCACAGAUCCAGGUACUAGACAGGAUGGAGUUUGGUUUUGCUGUAACCUCCAGCUCUGGUUCCUGUCCUUAACCCAGACACCUGCCAGAACCUGUAGGUUCUGCAGAAACAGCUCCUGAACCUGCUGAAUCCACCUGGUACUCCCAUCUGUGAGGUUCUGUUCCCCCAUAGAACUUCUGUUACGGGCUAAGUUGGACUUAUCUUCUUGGUAAAGCCACUCAGAACCAACUGUGGGUACUGAUGACCUCUGAUGCUCCGGGCUCCUCAGGUCCAGGUGACCCCGAGUCCGAUAUCACCCCCUGAGCUUUACUGUCAGAAAGACUCCAUUGUCUUUGAUGCUGAUGUGGAUCUUCUGCUGGUCCAUCCGGACUCUAAACAGAACCACAAAGAACUUUACCCUAUUGUCUUUAAAACUGACACCUGGUCAGAACCGCUGCAUACGCCCCACCCCCAGGCUCCGCUGCCCCCUGUAGCCCCCUCUCAUUAGACUCUGCUGCCCCCUUCUGGACUCUCAAGGCAUCUGUGGCUGAGCUGUAAAUAAACAUGUAAACACCAACAAAGCUGUUCCUGUCAUCUGUUUGAGGUUUCUGAUGUUUAGUUUACUAACUAGAUGUUUAUUUAUGCGUUUCUGUAUUUUUUGCUCGACUUACUUUUUGAAAUGUUUUCAGUUUCCUGCUGAGGUUCGACGUCGCAAAGCCGUCAAGAAAUGUCAUCAGUCAGCUGUUCCAGUAAUCAGCUGACAGCAAGAGCUAAGUUACUAACAUUAUCGUUAGAUUCAGAACCAGGUUCUGGUCUGUGGCUACUGGGUCAGCUAAACGCACCACGUAUGUUUGUGUGUCAUCAGUUUGGUUGACAGUGAAAUGAUGAUUUUAAUGCCUAAAGAGAAGAAAAAGACUAUUUUAUUUUUACAUGGACUUCAUGAAGGAAUCAGUGAUGCUGUGUUGCUCUAGUGAUGCAGGAUGCUGCUACACACUGUUGUUUGACCCAUUUCCUGUUUUGGCUCCUAACCCUGCCUCGGCAUUCUAGGAUUCAUUUUAAAAUCCAUCGAUUUGCUUUUUGCUUCCUACCGGUCUGAGCUGCUGCAGGCCUGCACCGUGAUGGCCUGUCCUGCCAGACUCAUCCUCUGCCUACACGGAGAACGAACAAUGCUUCCCAUAAGGAAGAAUGCGGCUGGCUGGUCGGGCUAACACCACGUACACCAUCCAGGUUCCUUCAGAUCAGCUGAUCCCCUAAAUAGUAAAGUCCACACAGUCUUAAAACUAUGGAUGUCUGGUACUGGCAUCAAAAUGUCAUAUUGAAAAUUAUCUGGUAGAACUUUUACAAACUGAACACACAGGCGAAACUAUGGUGCAAAAGCUCAUUUGUCACUAAUUCAACUUUAAAGGUGGAACUAAUAUAUGAGACUCAUUCCAUGCACAGCCAGAUAUAUCAAGCCUUUAUCCAUCCAUCCAUCCAUUUUCAUCCGCUUAUCCGGAGUCGGGUUGCGGGGGCAGUAACCUAAGGCGAGAGGCCCAGACUUCCCUCUCCCCAGCCACUUGGGCCAGCUCCUCCGGGGGAAUCCCAAGGCGUUCCCUGGCCAGGUGAGAGACAUAGUCCCUCCAGCGUGUCCUGGGUCUACCUUUAGGCCUCCUCCCGGUUGGAUGUGCCCGGAAAACCUCACCAGGGAGGAGUCCAGGAGGCAUCCUGACCAGAUGCCCGAGCCGCCUCAACUGGCUCCUCUCGAUGUGGGGGAGCAGCGGGUCUACUCCGAGCCCCUCCCGAUUGACAGAGCUUCUCACCCUAUCUCUAAGGGAGAGCCCAGCCACUCUUCAGAGAAAACUAAUUUCUGCCGCUUGUAUCCACAAUCUCGUUCUUUCGGUCACUACCCAAAGCUCGUGACCAUAGGUAGGGUAGGAACGUAGAUCGGCCGGUAAAUCGAGAGCUUCGCCUUCUGACUCAGCUCUCUCUUCACCACGACAGACCGGUACAACGCCCGCAUCACUGCAGAUGCAGCACCAAUCCGCCUAUCGGUCUCACGCUCCAGUUUUCCCUCACUCGUGAACAAGACCCCGAGAUACUUAAACUCCUCCACUUGGGGCAGGACCUCAUCCCUGACCCUGAGAAGGCAUCCUACCCUUUUCCGACUCAAGACCAUGGUCUCAGAUUUAGAGGAGCUGAUUCUCAUCCCAGCUGCUUCACACUCGGCUGCGAACCGCUCCAGCGAAAGCUGAAGAUCACGUUCUGAUGACGCCAACAGGACCACAUCAUCCGCAAAAGGCAGAGACCUGAUCCUCAGGCCACCAAAACAGAUGCCCUCCACACCUUGGCUGCACCUAGAAAUCGUGUCCAUAAAGGUUAUGAACAGAAUCGGUGACAAAGGGCAGCCUUGGCGGAGUCCAACUCUCACUGGGAACGAGCCCGAAUUACUGCCGGCAAUGCGGACCAAGCUCUAACACCGGUCAUACAGGGACCUAACAGCCCGUAUCAGAGGGCCUGGUACCCCAUACUCCCGGAGUACCCCCCACAGGCCCCCCCCAAGGGACGCAGUCUAACGCCUUCUCCAAAUCCACAAAACACAUGUAGACUGGUUGGGCAAAUUCCCACGCACCCUCCAGGACCCCCCUAAGGGUCUAGAGCUGGUCCAGUGUUCCACGGCCAGGACCAAAACCACAUUGCUGCUCCUGAAUCUGAGGUUCAACAAUCCGACGGACCCUCCUCUCUGGCCUGCCAGACUCAUCCUCUGUUUAAUUCUGCACAGAGCAAGAGUCUGGUAACUCUCCUAUUCAAAUAACCCCUCCCCGUGAGAUUUCUAACCGAGCCAAUCAGCGCUGAGUAUCGUACGUCACACACCACAACGCAGAGUUUGUCGAACAUGGCGACUGAAGCGGAGUUCGCUGCGGCUCUUUCCUCUGGUCUAAAUAACUUGGACACAACAAGUAGAAGCACUAAAAGCCUUUCUUCUAUAGAAAGAUGUUUGCGCCGUUGCCAGACUCCAUUUUUGACUACAGCUAGAAAACUACAGCGUCGUGCGAUACAGUCGGGAUUUCCAUCUUUUUUCUGAUUGGUUACUUUGUGCUGCCUAGUCCCGCCCCUCCAGUGCUUCUGCCUGUGAGUUACCAGACUCGUUCUCUGUGCAGAAUUAAACAGAAGACGAUUCUGGCAGGCCAGGCUACCUCCUCUCCAGAACCCCUGAUGAAAACCCUACAUUCAAAAUCUCAGACAAUUAGAAUAUUACAUGAAUCAAUGAAACAAGGAUUGUAAAUGCCGGAAAUCAGAAAAAGUGUAAUCAUACUUAUGUACUCGCUUGGUUUGGUUCCCAUUUGUUUUUACUGAAAUAAAUCUGAAUUUUCAAGUUU